GCCGGCUAGCGCGCUCGCCUGCCGGUCGCCCGGGGACCCUUAGCGGACGCCGAAUACCAUUUUCAUCAAUAAAAAUAAUGUCCUGAGGUGUUAAAAUCGUGUGUGUUGUCUUAACCUGUCAAUUUAGCGGUUGCUGUGUGUGUUUCAGUAAUGUUAGCUGCCCGUAGUGUCUUCCCUUAGUAUAGAUGUGAUUGACUGUUAAAAAUGUCGUUGUUUUGAUAAGAGUUGUCACCAUGUCGGGAACGCGUAAAAGCAUCGUGGUGUAAAUAAAUACUUAGGUCUAAAAGCAAUAAUUCGUAAAAACAUAGAAACCCCGUAGAGACGCUAUAUAAAGUGCUUUUAAGCAAUAGUUUUAGUGUUACUAAUAAAAUUAAAUCUUCCAUAUUUUAUUUAACUUUAAGUCUAAAAUGUGGCGUGACUUUAAUUGUUAAAUCAACAAUCAAAAUGAUCUUUAUUACUAAAGUCAUAAAGUUUCAAUUACAACAAAAGUUUUCUUGCCUUAUCGCUUCGCAGCGUACAGUCGACGACGGAAGUGCAUAGCUUUGUGUUAAAAAUAAAAUAAUGUUAAAAAGAAAAUGCCGCAGCGCGCGCCGACAUCAUCAAACUUGAUGCGACCAUUCGUGGUGUUGGCCCUGCCCGGAAUGUAUUUGCUGUAUAAGUACAACCAGUACCGGCAGCAGCAAAUGGAGACCGCGCGGCGCCGGGUCACCGAGCGCGAGCUUAUGCACCUAAACACCAAAAUCGACAAAUUGCUCAAUAAACUGGAAGAAAAUGAACCGGAACUCGCCUCUUCGCCAGAUGAGGAAUGUGUUAUAUGUGUGAACGCGAAGGCGACGAUGCAAACGUCACCAUGUGGGCACAGGGUAGUGUGUCGGCGGUGCUUCGUGAAGACUAUACAGAUGGCCGUCAGCCAGCGCCUGCUGCCGCUGCGCUGCGUCAUCUGCCGCGCCAAGAUCCUUCGACUACGGCAGGCACCGCGGCUUGUCACCAGCAAGAGUUGGCAGGUUUCGAGUGGCAGUGCGAAGUCGUGGGGUGUGCCAGGCUCCGUGUCCAGCUACUCGGUGGGAGCUCGCUCUGUGCCCGCCUCCGCAUCGCUAUACUCCGUCACCAGCGGCGAGUCUUCCCUUUCAGGAGUGUCUUCCGUGUCAUCAAACAGCGGAGGCAACGUCCCGAGCAGCUGUUCGACGAAGUUAUGUGGAGGAGCUAAGUGUGGAGGAGCAUGUUUGGGCGCAGUGCCCAGAGUCCCCGUGCCGCCGCGGCCGAGACAACCCGCCUCUAACUCGUUAAGACGUUCGCAGCAUCAUAGUAUGAAGGCCCGGUUACAAGACUAUCAAGUCCAUAGCUACACGGGAGGUCCUACAGCUGGGGAGCCCUCGGGCCGCCUGCCUCCCAUCAGAGAGUUCCAGAGGGAAUUCCGCGAGGGACGAAGAGAGAGUGCCGCUGCUGCCUCCGCCUCCACUAGAAUUAGGUGUGCCCAGAAAAUUGUAACGCAACUAGAAACGUCGCCACAAAAGGACAAGCAACACUUCUUCCGGCCACUAAAACCUUCAAAUAAAGACGACCCGCCCGAUUCCAGAGAUCACAGCAAAGAGACUGAACGGAAAAAAGAUAACCCCAAAUCUAAACCCAAAAAAGAGGACAAAAAGAAAAAAGAUGAUGAAAAUACAAAACAAGAAGAUAAAAAUAAAAAAGAUGAAAGUAGUGACAAUAGGAAAAAUGAAUUAGCAGAAAAGAAAAAGGAAGAAAAGAUGAGACUAAAGGCGGAGAAGGAAGCGAAGAAAGAAGCCAAGCUUCAAGCUAAGGAAGAAGAGAGACAAGCUAAGCUAUUAGCAAAGGAGGAGGAGAAACAAGCCAAACUAAGAGCGAAGGAAGAAAAGAAAAAGGCCAAAAAAGAAGCAAAGCUCGCCGCGCAAGCUGAGAAAGAAAAAAACAAAUAGAGUUAUAAAGUUUAAAUUUUACAUUGUAGAAACUCGUAGCCGUCUUAAAUUUUAGAUUUGAAAAUUGUUAUCAUUGAGGAAUCGUAAAACAAUUUUAAAUAGCGUAUUCUAACAGUCUAUUGUAGUCCAUUACGUACGGUAAAUUAGAUACUGUUAGUUUAAAUUUUAUUUUUUUACUUCGAUCGGAUGAUGAUUGUGUUUACGCUUUGAUACUGAUUUUUACAAUUUUGUUAAUAAUUAUCUAGCUUAGUUGCAAUUUCUAAUCGAAAUUGUUGUUUAACAUAGGAAUGUUGUAAAUAUUUUUAAAGUCAAAAAAUGUUAUUAUGAGAAGCAAUCUAAGUACAUAGUUGUUGGGUCAUAAUUGGAACUCUACAAACUGCGAAGACUGAAAGAACGGGAUAAUGAAAUCAUAUCGUUUUGUAAUUUAAUUGUGUAACAGUAUAGUUAAGAGCUUCGUGCAAACCGCACCGCCGAAGAAUUUAUUUAUUACAUAAUUAUGUAGAUUUCGUCGUUCUUAGUUCGUCCGUAGGAGAAGCUUAUAAUAUAUUUAGAUUACUAAUUUCAGCAUGAGUACAUUUCUUUACCAGACCUUCAAGAAGUAUUUGUUGAAAAUGCUUAUAAAGAUAUGAUUUUCAUAACACCUACUCUUGAAUGAUCCUAAACCUUCUUUGACAAACUAAUCAAUUCCAUCUAUCUAUUAUAUCCAUAGAUACCUAAAAUAAUUUCCCUAAAUAAAUAAAUUAAUCCUUCCUAUUUCUACAAAAUACGACCACAGUAACGAUUCCAAAAUAUUACGUAUAAACAUUAAGUAGCAUCAUAUCAGGCAUUUAGCAUACUGCUAGGU